UGGCCGGGCGGUUGCUAGGUGACGGUGCCGCAUGGACCGUCGCCGGUGAUGAAUGGCCCGGCUGGCGGCGGUCCCUGCUCUGCCACUGCCACUCGUGCCCUCCGACGGCGCUGCCACCGACCAGCACAGAGGCUGCAAAGGCCACGGACGGGUUUUGGCAGCGUGAGAGUUGGCCUGCCCUGCACCAGCCCAGCCAGGGGGAUGUCAGUGCGUCACCAGCGGCUUCACCACUCUGUUGGCUCUGGCAGCGCUGCCAAGGCCAACGGGGGCGUGAAACUGCCCCAAGGGGUCAUAGGAGCCUGUCUGAAAAGUAAUGGCAGCAGUGUUGGGGUUCAGGAGAACCCACAACAAGCAUGGAUGCUCAAAGCUGAUGCUCCACAGCCUGCUGUGGCCACCAUCAGACCCUGGCCAGCACUGUCACCAAGCUUGUCCAUAUCUGAGAUGCUCACAAAACAGGUGGUAUCUGUUUCAAGCAGCAACCUUUUCACUUCGUGCAUGAAGACUUGUAAACUUCCCGUGGCUACACCAGCGGUUCCUAACCAGGUGCCGGCGCCGGAGCCGCAGUCUCUGAAGAGCAGGAAACUCCAUAUGCUGAUCUCCGGCUAUGUAGAUGCCAUUCGUUUCUCCUUGAAAGUUUAUUGUCAGAAUUACUGA